GGAGGGGACAGUGGAUCCACGGAUCCUGGCUAAUAGACGCUUCUUCUCCGCCGUCCAUAUCGUGCAGUGUCCGAACACGAGGGAGAAAGCUGCGAUUAUAAAAACAAACUGAGAGCAUUUGUCCCCCAACUUCAUCUUCCUCACUGAGUGCGGGACACCAAGUCGUGGUGGAAACCGGUGCAUGCACUGUUUGUUUUUUCUUUUUUAAAAGGUAAAGUGCUUUUGCAUAUGGCUUUUGCAGUGUCCUAGUUUACUUUGUUUGGUUUUUUUCCCCCGUCAAUUUAUCAACGCGCAUCUUCCUGCAUCUGCUAUCGCCCUGGCAACCAGACCUCCUCUCCAUCAUUCUCCAGCGCUUCAUCCCCUCACCAUCAGCGGCAGCCUCGGAGAAGGAAAAACCCUGUUUUUGACGCUCAUCCACCAAGUGGAAGUAGAUUGUUUUCUUCACGGGUGGGACUUCAGAUCCUUCUCUAUUUUAUUUAUUUAUUUAUUUUAUUAUUUUUUAACUACUAAGGUUCAUGUGUCGGAGAAGUCUUUUCUCUCAGCAUCAAAAUGCCUGUGAGACGCGGUCAUGUUGCGCUCCAGAACACCUACCUGGACACUAUCAUCAGGAAAUUCGACGAGCAAAAUCGCAAGUUUCUGAUCGCCAACGCCCAGAUGAAGAACUGUGGCAUCAUCUACUGCAACGAAGGCUUCUGCCAGUUGUUUGGGUUUGCCAGGGCGGAGAUAAUGCAGCAGCCCUGUACCUGCCAGUUCCUGGUGGGUCCUGGUACCAUGAAGAGUGCCCUGGCCCAGCUGGCACAGGCCCUGCUCGGCUCUGAGGAGCGCAAGGUUGAGAUCCUCUACUACGCUAAGGAAGGAACCUGCAGACCGUGCCUGGUGGACAUUGUUCCCGUAAAAAACGAGGAAGGCAUUGUCAUCAUGUUCAUCCUCGACUUCCAGGAGCUGAUUGAUCGUUCUCUCAAGAAGUCGGGCCUCAGGCAGAGAGUCGCCCAAGGAUGGAUUUACUGUCAGAAUCGCCGGUUGAAGAUGAGGCUGCCGGUGCUGCGGUCCAUGCGACGAGCUUCACUUUCCAAAGAUCAGUUUGAAGGAGUGGUAGUGGACUACUUGCAGCCAAACAGCGAGGAAGUUCCUCUCAAAGAAUUUCGGAUCCCGUCCAAAGAGAGCUGCAUGCAGUCUGAGACGGAAGCUUUGAUAGAACAGGACCUGGAUCCUCCCUCUCCUGCAGCCCAGUCCUCCACCAAGCAGCGCUCCCUGCUGACAGACCGGCUGGACCCUGGCCUCGCCUUCCCCAGGGGGACGUUACCGCGGAGCUGUUCUCGGGACAGCGUCCGCAGCCUCCGACGCGCCUCGUCACUGGACGACAUUGAUGGCAUGAGGGCAGAAUGGAACAGUCGACCUGGAGAACCGCGAGCCAAUAGCAAUCUGAAGCCGAGCGCUCUGAACUCCACGUCGGACUCAGACCUGAUGAGACUCAGGACCAUCGGCCGCAUUCCUCAGGUUACUCUCACCUUCAGCUCGGACCGGAUGAGACCUCCUUCACCCACUGAGAUUGAAAUCAUCGCACCCAGCAAGAUUAAAGACCGCACCCAGAACGUCACAGAGAAGGUCACUCAGGUCACACAGGUGUUGUCCCUCGGUGCUGACGUGCUGCCAGAGUACAAGCUCCAGGCCCCACGCAUCCACAAAUGGACAAUCCUUCACUAUAGCCCCUUCAAAGCGGUAUGGGACUGGGUCAUCUUGCUGCUGGUCAUCUACACCGCCAUCUUCACACCAUACUCGGCCGCUUUCCUCCUCAACGAGGUGGAGGAAGAGCGGAGGAGAACCUGCGGCUACACCUGCAACCCUCUCAACGUGGUGGACCUGGUGGUGGAUGUCAUGUUCAUCGUGGACAUCCUCAUCAACUUCAGGACCACCUACGUCAACCACAACGACGAGGUGGUCAGCCACCCGGGACGCAUUGCACAGCACUACUUCAAGGGCUGGUUCCUCAUCGACAUUGUGGCUGCCAUCCCCUUUGAUCUGCUCAUAUUCCGCUCGGGGUCUGAGGAGCCUCAGACAACCACUCUGAUUGGAUUACUGAAAACAGCCAGACUGCUGAGGUUGGUACGAGUAGCCAGGAAGUUGGAUCGUUAUUCAGAAUAUGGAGCUGCCGUCCUUUUCCUUCUCAUGUGCACCUUCGCCCUCAUCGCUCAUUGGCUGGCCUGUAUCUGGUAUGCCAUUGGUAACGUGGAGCGCACAGGCUCUGCUCGAAUUGGAGGCAUGAAGAUCGGCUGGCUGGACAACCUGGCUGACCAGAUUGGUAAACAGUACAAUGACAGUGACGCAGCCUCUGGCCCCUCAAUCAAGGACAAGUAUGUUACAGCCCUGUACUUCACCUUCAGCAGCCUGACCAGUGUAGGUUUUGGGAACGUCUCACCUAACACCAACCCAGAGAAGAUCUUCUCCAUCUGUGUCAUGCUCAUUGGCUCUCUGAUGUACGCCAGUAUCUUUGGUAACGUGUCGGCCAUCAUUCAGAGACUGUACUCAGGCACUGCCCGUUACCACACCCAGAUGCUGCGGGUCAAAGAGUUCAUCCGUUUCCAUCAGAUCCCAGGAGGCCUUCGACAGAGGCUGGAGGAGUACUUCCAACAUGCCUGGUCCUACACCAACGGCAUCGACAUGAACGCUGUUUUAAAGGGUUUCCCUGAGUGUCUGCAGGCUGACAUCUGCCUCCAUUUGAACCGCACCCUGCUGCAGAACUGCAAAGCCUUUCGAGGUGCCAACAAAGGCUGCCUGCGGGCACUGGCCAUGCGUUUCAAGACCACCCACGCGCCGCCGGGGGACACUCUGGUCCACAGUGGGGACAUUCUCACCGCCCUCUACUUCAUUUCCAGAGGCUCUAUAGAAAUCCUCAGGGACGAUGUGGUGGUGGCCAUACUAGGAAAGAACGACAUCUUUGGUGAACCCAUCAGUCUGUAUGGGAGGCCAGGUAAAUCCAGCGCUGACGUCAGGGCUUUGACUUACUGCGACCUUCACAAGAUCCUGAGAGACGACCUGCUGGAAGUGCUGGACAUGUAUCCUGACUUUGCCGACAUGUUCUGGAACAACUUGGAGAUCACCUUCAACCUGAGAGAUGCAGAUAGAAUAAACCAGACAACCCCGGGCAGGGACUCUGAAUGUGGCUACCGCCGGACAAGGCAUCGGAGAAGCUCGCUGCGUCGUCGGAACCGACCAGACGGCAUGGACCGCGAAGACUCUUAUCCCGAUCAGUCCUGUCCCAUGGCAAACCACCACCGGGGUACAAUGGCAGGAUCCCAUUGGGACGACCUCUGUAGCAGUGCUAGCAUCUGUUCACAGUCCAGUGAUGAGGAGAUGAAGCCCAUGGGGCACAGCAAGGGGGAGCUGUACCCCCCUGGGGGUGACACCAGAGACUACCCACCAGCAGUGGUCAACCUCCUGCCUCACAGUGGACCCUCAGCUGGGAUCGGGCCACCUGUAGACCUCGGAGGACCACCAUACUCAGCAGCAGCCCCUAUCAGCAUGUCAGGUCUUUAUAGCUACUGGCCAGACCGCAGAGCGAGCCAGUUCUCAGAGAGCCAGAGACGAUCGUCCUCAGUCAGGGCCAGUUUCCACCCUCCACCCUGUGCUGAGGAUCGGCCCAGCGAGCUGGAAUCCAGACUGGAGCUGUUGCAGUCUCAGUUAAACAGGCUGGAGACCCGUAUGACAGCGGACAUCAAUGUGAUCCUGCAGCUCCUACAGAGGCAGAUGGCCCCGGUGCCUCCAGCCUACAGUGCUGUGUCCCCCAGCCCUCACCCGCCUCACCCCACCACCCUGUACAGCACAGGAGCACCUACAAUCCACCCUGUCCCUCCAAUACAGCCUGUACAGAUCGACAGCACUGCCUCACUCUUACAGAGUCCAGACUCUGACUUUAAGCACAAAUCCAAGGACUCCCUCUCCAGCGGGAUCCAUCUCACCGUGGCCUCCGAUGACACCAUGUCCAUGUCGCCGGAGGCCGACCCACCACGUCUGCCCUCUGCGGACCUCACCACUUCUCAGUUGUCAGGGGCCCAAGAGCCUCCUGGACUGCUGUGUGGCAGCCAGCGCUUCCCCUCCCUCCCUGAGCACCUGGAGACCUCUACAGAGAUGCAAGAGAUCCAGAGGCAUGUCUCUGACCCUGUCUUGCCAGGCAGCUAGAACACCAAAACCACCUAAAAAGCCUGGACCUUCUGGACGGGACAGCCAUAUGUUUCCCACUCUGUUACUUCCUUUUUCCUCCCUUAAAAAAACUCCUCUGUCCUGUUCAGAUGCUGCUGUAGAGCGUGGGAUGCCUUGCCUUCCACGUCACUGAGGGUUCAGAGUGCCUGCUGUUUCUAACAAACAGACUCUACGGCGCCCGCACAGGCUGCUGUGGUUUUGUGCUCCAGCGUCCCUUCACACCCGAGGUUCUGUGCAAUGAAGAGAUUAUUCCCGCCCCGCAGGGUGGGAUGAUUAUGAAACAUGAGUUGACAGUAAGCACACCAAAUAUAUGUGCCAUGCAUUCACUGGAUCUGAAAGCUACACAAACUGCAUCCCAGGUUUCCUUGAAGAGAGGUGACAUGUCAAGGACUACUAAUAUGUUUCACAUUUGAAGAAUUAUCUUCAUUCACUUUGUAUAAGAAUUGCACAUUUAGGCCUUUUCCACACCUAUAUGGAUAUUUUGCAAAAUUAACAUUUUCCUCAUUGUUUUUUGGCCUCUCAUCCGCACGCAAACAGAGUUUUAGGUCAGAACUGAGAUUUUCAAAGGUGCAGAUUUUUUAAAAAAUGUGUACGGAUCGUUGAGGAUGCCCAUUGUUGCUUGGUGUAACAACAACCGCAACAACAAUGUUUGGUAAGCACUGCUAGGCUGUGUGCCAGAAAGGUGUUCAAUAACUACAAAUAAAUAAUUAGGAACAAUUUGUUUGUGUUUUUAAGUCACCAUCACUAAAGGUGCGCAUGCUCAGAAUGUUCUUCUCUGGUAUUUGACGUAUUGUUGACGUAGUCUUCAUCACCACCUACUGGCCUCAGCAUGUUUGUUUGAGUGUUUGAAACCGUUUCUUUUUUUUUUUGCGUUCUCGUGUGUACAGAGAUAUUUUAACGUAGGGGGAAAACAUUCGCUUUGAAAAAUAUCCGUAUACGUGUAGUAAAGGCCUCAGACUUGAGCAUAGAAAAAAUGUAAUCAUUUACUUGGAACUGAAUUUAUUUUCCUAAUAUUAGAGAUGUAUUGGUCACAUUAAGAACAUUACAUCUAGUAAAUGUAAUAACUAUGAGUGUUAUAAAUUAGAGACUCACUAUUGUUGUUUUGGUGUUUGUUAAAAAAAAAUAUCAAAAGGCAAACCUAUUGCUGUUUGGCACACUGUGAAGGAGGGUGGUGCAGUGGGUGGAGAAGCACUCCUUAAAAAAGUGUAAUUUUCAUCUCAUAUUUCCUGUUCUGACAUUUUGACAUAAAUCAGCAGUACUUAAGUUGAGCGUGUCAUUUGAUCAAGAGAAGGUAUUGCAACGUACACAAUCAAGCAGAGCAGACAAACAUCAUAGUUUUCUUGUACAUUUACACGUAGCUCUUACAGUUUUGUUUUGAUCAUGACUGCUUUGCUUGGUUUCCCCCCCUGUUUCUGUGUCGGUUCAACUCAAACGUGUCAACUAUUUUUUUCAAAGUGGCACGAUCACAUGGUUUCAUAAUGCACCUGAUGUGUUUAUCUGAGAGUGCCAGCAUUAGAGGUUCUCCCUAAACAUUUUGAUUCACAGAGAGGAUUGACUUUGAUACUUAAACAGGUGAAGGGAAAAACUGCUGAUGGUUGUUUUACACCAACUGAGUGACAAGGGAAGUGGAUGGUAGCUGUCAAUCACACACGGAAACAGAGACGUCGUCUCCAGGCGUCGCUGUUAAGAUGAUUUCUCAGUUCCAACCACCAGGUGAAUGUAAUGACUUUUUAAGCAUUUAUAAUUCUGUAUAAUGUUUCUUGAAGCACAACUUCCUGUUAUUUAUCUUUUUUUUUUUAGAUUAAAGACACACUGCAGAGUUACACUGGGAGUCCAAAAUGCUUUUAUUUUCUAAUUACUCAGCAAAGCAACACCAAAUGUCACUUGCAGUGCAGACGAAGUGACAGUAGACGUAAACUCUCUGAAAGUGUACAUUGCAACUACGACUCUGAUUCAACUGAUUGAAUUUCUUGGAUGUUUUUCAUGUUGGAUAUGCAGUCAAACCAAGGUAGGCUUUGACAUGUUAAACAGCUGUAUUUGAUGAAGGGAUGAGCAUUAAUUACCAUCCCUAUAGACAAAGCCUCACAUGAGGCAUCAUCCACUGAAAAUGCAAAUAAUAUGCUAAAUAAUUUUUAAUAUCUUUUAAUAUAAAGCAUUUACUCAAUUGCUACAAGUACAGCAUUAAUUUAUGUAAAUUGUAUGCUACCAUAUGCUUCUACUUCACUACAUUUCAGGUGCAUUUCUUACCAUGGUGCAUUUCUUAAACAGUAGGUGGUUAAUUUGUAGAUUAAGAUUUUGAAAAUCUAUUCUAGGCACCUAAAAUCAAAUUCAACCCACAGUAGAUAGGCUAUGACUUAAAAUGACCUCAUAUCAGUUUAGCUUCCAUAUUUAAGGGGUACACCAGUGACACUGGUUUGAUUAACUUGGCUGAAUGUCACUGGAGAAGCAGUUAUCAGUACAGACAGAGUAGAGAAGAGGGAUCAAACCUUGACAUCUGAAAUGGCUGUGUCCAGUUGGGGCUUCCAGAUGUUUAUGAGUUGUUUGCAGUUCCACCAAAGAGAGUUUUCACCUGUAAACUUCUCACAUGGUUUCAUUCAAAUAACUAUCCAAGGCCCUAAGAGUUAAAAAUCUAAUCUAAUCUAAUUUGCGUAGCAGAACUUUGUUUUGUUGUCUUUCCUCUCUUAUUAAUCAUCUCAUUAAAAAAAGUAGUUCCAUCUCAACAACAGUAAAAUGCUGCUUACCUA